AGAAUUUCUCUGUUGGGCAGCGGCAGUUGUUUUGUCUUGCUCGAGCCUUCCUCCGCAAAUCCCGCAUCCUCAUCAUGGAUGAAGCCACAGCAUCAGUUGAUCUUGAGAUGGACAAGACUCUGCAGCAGGUAGUGGUGGAAGCAUUCAAGGAUCGAACAGUUUUGAUUGUAGCCCACCGAGUUGAGACCAUCAUGAACUGCGACACCAUCUUGGUCAUGAGCAACGGUGAGAUCACAGAGAUGGGAACUCCUGAGCAGCUGCUAGCAACGCCAGAGGGAGAGUUUGCUGCCCUCGUCCAGGCCAGAGCAGGCAUGGCUAGGUCACAUGACAGCUGACCAUGCUGUCAGGUGAUGAGAUCUGGUCACAUGAUUGGAUCACACAAUGGACCGUUGUCUGCAUUUGGCCGUAAGCCCCACCCACCGUUAGUAAGAGUACAUUCCUCACAGUACUUGUGACUGGGUUUGACUGAUAAACACAGUCACCUGACCGAAAGUCAUGAUCUAAUUGGUCCAUGCACACUGCUUGAUUGACUGACAGCAUGGGUCCAUUCGAGCCAUGUAUGGAAUUACCUGUGAAGGACUAUCUUAGUCCUGUCACAUGAUCUUAUUAUCAGUUAUCAGGUCACAUGCAAGGGUGAUCUGAUCAGGUGGUAGGAUCAGGUGACUUGAUCAUGACCAGAUUGUACCAGAUCACACUGUAACUUAGAAACAAAGUCUUCCAAAUCAACUCAUAAUUAUUUUUCUUAAAUCAGGUGACUUGAUCAGAUGACCAGAUUGUAUCAGGUGACACUGAAACAGAGAAACAAAGUCUUCCAAUUCAACUGAUAGUCAUUUUCUUAAAAUCAGGUGACUUGAUCAGAUGACCAGAUAGUAUCAGGUGACACUGUAACAGAGAAACAAAGUCUUCCAAUUCCAGUCAUAAUCAUGUUUCUUAAGAUAACUUCCACAGAGUACACAUUACACUAAUGGAUCAUAAUAGAGACACUUUGCAGUAACAGCUGUACAGUGUGAGUCAAAAAGAAAUGACUGAGUUAGAAAAAAAAAACACUAAAAGAUAUGUGGCUUGCUCCAUUGAAUAUAAAGAACAAAGGAAUAAAGUACAUGGUAGUCACUAAUAACUGUGAUUUGCUUGUACUCUAUUCACAAGUUAUUUCUAUUUUAAUAGAAACACCAUGACAUUCAGUUGUCCACCACUGAUCACUGAUGCAUACCCUUUAAAUACAAUGAACAAAAAGUUGCAUAGGGAAACUAACAAAACUCACCAAUCAGGAAAAAAAACUUGAUUUAUUCCUCAUAUAUACACACACAAGUAAAAAAAAAAAAAAAAAAAAAUCUGAAAUAAAAAUAAUGCAUCAGUCGUGACUCAAAUUAAUAUAAUCUGUAUUUGAAUGCCUGUGUGUAAUCUCUGGUUCUCACUAAGCUGAACAACUUCAAAAUAGCAUUCCAUGGACAGCUGUAUAAAUGGCACCAUUUUUGGAGUGCCAUGCCACAUUUACAUGUCCUGCCUCGGAUGUGUUCCAUGCGUAAAAAAUUGUUUGUUUUUCAGUAUUAAGAUAACUAUUCACACCUACAGCUGUGCCGAACAGUGUGAAAUGUCCACAUCCAAUCCAGACGACCUACUCCAAAAACUGAUGCUCACAAAGUUUAGAUCAGUAUGCAGUGACAUUUGCAAAGUGUCUAAACACGACCACAUGUAUGCUGCCAUCCAGGGUCAUGAUCCUUCCCUCGAUUGCCUUAUUUCACAAGCCAUCCUAGGCCAUGCCUGAAAUACUGGGCCAUGGCUGGGGCAUAUUUUUUUUUCCAGGAGUGUUGGGGCCAAGUCAUGCAUAAUUCAGUUUUCCUUUGAUCAUUGCAAGACACUUAUAGGUUCUCGUUCGCUUUUUUCCGCGUAAAUUAAAAGUAUCUCAACGAUAAAUUUAGAGAAGAAAAAUAGUCGACGCAGUGCUGAACCACAAAGCAAUAUAUAAAGAUUUCUAUCAUAUUUACACAGAGUUAUAAUGCUCGUUUUAUAUAUUUUAAUCUGUUUGGAGAGUAAACAAUAUAUAUUAUUAAAUAUAUAAAGUGUUGGAUUUAAAGUUCUAUGUACAAUGUACGUUGUUAAAUAAUAUAUGUUUAAUUUCAUUUAGAUUUUUAUUAUUUUUAAUCACAUGCGUUUUGCUUUUUCUUCUUCAGUAUUGUGUUUUCUUUAUGCUGCUUUACUUCAUUGAAAUCUAAUUUUUAAUUUUUAACGAAAUAAAAAUGUUUUAUAUUAUGGUGACAAACUAAAUCAAAUUUGCUUUAUGCGUUUGUAUGGAAAAUGUUGAUAUGUGCAUUCAAUGUUAACUGGACAUAUAGAGCAGUUAAAAUUAGGUUUUGCCCUUCAGCGACGUAUUAUCACUGUAUACCUCCGGAGUGAAAGUUGAAAAAAAUCACUCGGUGGGACUCGAGUAUACAGUGUUUAAACGUCGGUGAAGGGCAAAAUUUGAUUUGAUUUACAUCACCCCGACGCAAAAUUCCAUCUUAUGAAUAUAGAGCACUUGAUUUUUGUAAUUGUUUCUUUGCAUUAAUUUUAAUUACACAGUGGGAACAGUGUGGAAAUGAAGGUACAAAUUAAAAGACUGUAAAGGCUGGAUAAAUCCAUCAUAAAUGUGGGGGAAAUAUGUGCAAAUAUUUCCACCGACAUAACAACAUUUCUGUGAUUUGGCAGCAAAAUACAUUCCUGAAAUUAGUCCAUAGUUCU